AUGCUUUUAUCGUCCGCUGUUCAAAAUUUACUUGCUGAAGAAGGAACUGCGAUCAAUUGUGGUCGCUCAUUCAAGAUGUUCUCCAGACGAAUUGCAGCAGCGCGACCACUACGAACUUCCCUCCCACGUCAAACAGCCCUCAUUCCCCAAAGAUGUGCCAGUCAGGCAGCCGCUCCCAGCGGACCAGGCUACCCACAAUUGACCGAUAUUGAAGACCCCGGCAUGAACGGAGGAUAUAUUAACCCACCCAGAGUUAAGCGUCAAUUCCGUGACCCAAAUGCCGACUGGUGGGACAAGCAAGAGCGAAGAAACUACGGAGAGCCGGUUCAUGAGGACAACGAUAUUUUGGGCAUGUUCUCACCAGAAGAGUAUACACAUCAAAAGCCAGGAAUCGCUGGGCUUCAAUUGGGCGCCUUCGUUGUAGCUGUACUUGGACUUUGUACAGUCGUGGGUGUGAUGUAUCCGGAUAAGCAAUCUGUUCCAAGAGAGUUUGAGGGUGGACUUGAGAGGGAGUUGGGUGGGCCAACUGCAGUCAGGGCUAGAGCUGCCGGAGAUCCAUUGUAA